AUGAGACUCAUAACAGCGUCAUCGUAUGUGAUGCUUGUGUUCAGUACCAUCAUAGGUUACUGCAAUGAAACUCAUGUUCGCCAAUGUCCUUUCUGCAGGGAUGAGCUAGUGUGGGAGAAAAGACUUCAGUUUCCUGGUUUGCACCAGGCAGCGAAUGACGAGCCACUCUCUCAGCAACCCUGUCUUCACACCAACGACACUUUCAUCAAGAAAAAUUGUGAUUUUGCUUGCUUGGAAGUAGAAUUUCACCCACAUCAUGCAAAAAACCUUUAUUACUACCGUGAUUGCUCCGAAGGACUUCUCCAAAAAGAACUCUGUGCAAAUUGUUAUCCUAACCUGACGCAGGAUCUGACCAAUGUGACUAUCAACAAAUCAGUGUUUACGUUUGAUGAGUUCGGCGACAAAUGGACGUUCAGAUUCUGUGCGGGAUCAGAUUGUUUCCACCACAAGCAUGUAGAUGACGUUGCACGCCCCAGAAUUGAAGGAGAUAUUCGGUCAGCCGUCGGACGAGUUCUUUUGGUGAUUUUCGCAGCUCUGGUUAUGCUCGUCAUUAUUAGAGUUCUGUGCAUUUCCAAGAAAAUUUCUCAGAGAAUGAGGAUGGAUGAUCUUUCUAUCGAUGGUCGUAUGAUUGGAAACCAACCUAACAAAGUUUUUCUCUAUUCGCCCACCCCUUCGGAGAAGACAAAUUCAGGAUCGAACGGUCUUGCCAGCGAAGAGUCGAACGCAUCGUUAACAUUGGCACCGACUGAGCAAUCCGUUCAUUUUCGCAGAUUUUCCAGUGGUCCGGAAUGUGUUAGCGCUGUCAUUGAGCAUUCUAUGAGGUCCGACAGCCCAAGUGCUAUCACUUCCGGCCAACUUGCGGAUGAAAGUGCCCAGAACUCUCCUGUACUUGUGGGGCAAAAUGCUCAGAAUGAGACGAGUGAAAGUGACAGCGCUGUGGCUUCGAGCGAAUCGGUAACGGCGAAUCCCCCAAGCUUUAUUUCUGUACAAUCUCUUAGUGAAGGGUCUGCUGCUAGGCGUAAUAAUCCUACAAGUCUAUUCCAUAAGGUAAAAGAAAACAAUGUGAAAAGUCCUGAGAGUGAGCAUAGUAAUGUUGCGGGUUGUUUGGAUCCUCUGCUUUUGGAUGAGGAGUUGACUGAGGGCUCUCCAGUGAAGUCGGAAACUGAUACGUUGGAGAACGACAACGAAGAGACAGUUACUGAGUCCACAGCUCCUCUUUCGACCGACGACGACAAUCCGACUGAGUUCCAUGACUCUGUAUCGAACGUAGAGGAAGCCGAGGGAUCAGCGACAUCAGAUGAUGGAGACACCUUCGAACCAACGCAGUCGAGCUCGUCGCUAUCGUACAGCGAAAUUGCAGCGAACCCUGGACAUCACCUGCUGCACCGCAAGCGCUCUGAGGACGGAAAGUAG